UGUGACGCACCUAUUCAAAAAAGAUGUAGUUUCUAUCAAUUGAAAAUCAAUGUUAUCUUUUAUUUUUAUGUAUAAAAACUAAAAUCAUUAAUAUGUCCAUACAAAAUUGUCAUGGUGGCACUGGCAUACAAUAUCUUUUCGCCCGUUACAGAAAUCUUUGAUAAGAAAAUUAUGGAAAUCAGCUGGUAAACAAAUAACAGGUAUAUACAUAAAAAAAAAGUAAAAAAAAAUAGGUACAACAUAUUUUCGAGAUGCCUUCGGGACGUGAAUGUUGAUGACGAUGAUGUGAGGCGUGUGCGUGUGAAUGCGUCGUUUGUGCGUCUGUUGUCGUGCUCCGCCGUCGGUCGAUAGAAUUAUAGUUAUAAGGCAGAGUUAACCACCGUAAUUACUAAUUAACAUUAAUAAUAAUAAUAAUAACGAUUAAACAACAUACGUAUGGAGUAGGUAUGACGUCGGUUUCUUAAUAAUACCGAUCAAUCCGAUAACCGAUUUUAAAAAGGGGUUUGCCGUAUCGAUUUUGUUUUGUCCGUCCGUCGCGUGGGCAUCUCGAUCACCGGAUAUCGCAGCGCACGGGAAACGGACCAGUUUUUGCGUGAGCGAGAAGAACGGACUCGCCACUUCGCCAGUCUCCACUCGCCGCCGCGUCCAGUUUUGUUGCCGUCGCUGUCCGACCGUUUGCCGCCUACACUCGACGACUACGACCACGACCACGGCAGUCGUACGACAUCACCACUGUCAUCGCCGUCCGAAUGGUGGCCAGCCGUCGUCCAAAUGCAGUUGACGUCCAACUCGGCGGCCGCCGCCAACUAUGCGAUCCCGUGACGGGCAAUUUAACAUUUUGAUUCAGGGUGUUAUGCGUUUGAGCAUAAAACAAUGGGGGCCAACAUGGGUAAGAGUUCAGCGUCUUUGCUGGAUGCACUCCCUACACCACAAAGUCAUUUGCAUGUAGUCAUGUUGGGCCUAGACAGUGCUGGUAAGACUACAGCUCUCUACAGACUUAAAUUCAACCAGUACCUGAAUACAGUUCCUACAAUUGGGUUUAACUGUGAAAAAGUAAAAGGAACUGUCGGUAGAGCCCGAGGUCAAACAUUUCUUGUGUGGGACGUUGGCGGACAAGAAAAACUUCGACCAUUAUGGAAAAGUUAUACUAGGUGUACUGAUGGUAUAUUAUUCGUUGUGGACAGUGUAGAUGUAGAACGGAUGGAAGAAGCAAAAAUGGAACUAGCCCGCACAGCGAGAGCUCCAGAAAACACAGGCGUACCAAUUUUAGUAUUAGCAAAUAAACAAGAUUUGCCAGCAGCACGAGACUCAGCAGAAUUAGAAAGACUUUUAGGUCUAAAUGAACUUAAUCAUUUGUGGCAUAUUCAAGCUGCUUGUGCUAUAACUGGGGAUGGUCUUCAAGAAGGUUUGGAUGCGCUUUAUGAUAUGAUAUUAAAACGCAGAAAAUUAGCUAAACAAGUGAAAAAGAAAACUCGAUAAAUUAGUUAUAUGUCAGUGUAACUAAUAUUGUAUAUACAAUUACUGCGCUAUUGGGAUAAUGAAUACAUAAAUAUAUUCUGUUUGCACCGUAAUAUGAACUUGCCAUGACACAUGUUUAACAAUAGACAACCCAUAAUGCAUUUUGGCUUUGAUAUUGACAAUAUUAUGUGCUAAUAUUUAUACCAAGUUCAUUUAUUUAACUAUUUGUUUUUAUUUAAAUGACAUAAUGAAUAUACUUUAUGGACGUUUUGUUUUAAAAUAUUGUAACUUACUGGUUAUAAUAAUCUAAUAUUGUGUUAUUUCAUUGAUUCCCAGUAACUACUUACAUUUGUAGAACAGUUUUUAGUAUAUGACAUUUAUUUGUGUGAUUAACUGUGUUAAUGUAAUUUUAAAAUCAUGUUUUGAUUUUUAACAAUAUUCCCACCGAUUGUAAGUAUGAUUUUUAUAUUAUAAAAAUGGUAGCUUUUGGACUUUGGUAGCCUUAUUGAAUAUGGCAGCUAAAAAACUGGAUGUUUGACAUUUAUUAUUUUCACUUAAAUGUUAUUUGAUUUACUGUAAUGAGCAAUUAGUUUGUUAUUUAAUGUGUUUGUUGUCACUCCAUGGUGCUCUAUUAUUUUUGAAAUUAUAUUGUAUUAUUUUUUUUUUAGUGCAAUAUUUCACU